GGUUCGGGCGGCGGGUCGGUGGGCCAAGUGGUAAUUAGGGCCGCGCUAGGUGAUCCAGCCGCUGCGGUCAGUGUGUGUGCGGCGGCCCGCGGCGCGGCGCCCAGUCGGAGUCCGAGAUGAGUGUACUACACCCGGAGAGGAGCAGGAUGGGCGUGCCUCCCGGGACACUGCUGGGUCACGGGAUGGCCGCCGGCGGCGGGCACCACCAGCGCUCCCCGUUCGCCAUACAGGAGCUGCUGGGACUGCACCAGGAGCAGCGGACCGGGCUGCCGCCGCCCCCGCCGCCGCCGCCGCCACCUCCGCCUCCGUCACAUACACCGCCCUACAGCCGGACGCCGCUCUUCGCUCAGCCGAGUUUCGACCACCUGAACUCCGUGGCCACAUCACGGAUGUACCAGGCGGCGGCGGCGGCGGCAGCGGCUGGCUUCCUGCCCUCCGGGGUACAGGGCCACGCCGUGCCGACCACGGGCGCAGGCGCGCAGUUCGCGGGAUUCGACCUGCGGGGGAUGGAGCACGCGCCCAGCACAGAUUUAGAAAACCACGACACGCUGCUGGGGCGCGACUUCCAUCAAGUAGGACACUCCAAGAAAAAGAAGAAAAAACGAAGGCAUCGGACGAUAUUCACCAGCUUCCAAGUCGAGGAACUGGAAAAGGCCUUCAAGGAGGCCCACUAUCCGGAUGUUUAUGCCCGAGAGAUGCUGUCCCUGAAAACGGACCUGCCCGAGGACCGAAUACAGGUGUGGUUCCAGAACCGGCGCGCCAAGUGGCGGAAGACGGAGAAGACGUGGGGACGCUCCACGAUAAUGGCCGAGUACGGUCUGUACGGUGCCAUGGUGCGCCACUCACUGCCGCUGCCCGAGACCAUCACCAAGUCGGUCAGCGAGGACAAGGACUGUCCGGCGCCCUGGCUGCUCGGCAUGCACCGCAAGUCCAUGGAGGCCGCCGAGCAGCUGAAAAACGUCGCCGACGACGACACGGGCAGUCUGCCGGGCAGCGGUGACGAGCGGCCGUCGGCCGAGCUGUGCCUGCCGCCGCCGCCGGGCGCCGCCGAGUCCGAGCCGCCCGCCGGGCCCGACUUCCGCAGCAGCAGUAUCGCAGCGCUGCGGGCGCGCGCGCAGGAGCACAGCGCCCGCCUGCUCAGCGACGCCGCCCAGAUGACCUCGGCCAUCCUGCAGCGGGGCGCCGCGGACGCCACAGCGCCCCCCGAGCAGCCGGUGGCGGGCAUCGGCUGCCUGUUCUGAGGGAGGGUAGGCAGGCUGUCUAUUUGGAGGAAGACUGGCUGUUCGGAGGGAGGAUAGGCAGGCUUAACUUGAAUACGUAUAUUAUAAAUAGCAGGAGGGUUCGAUGGGAUGGAAAAGUGAAACGCUUUGGAUCUGAACAGCUCAGGAGCCGGACGAUCGAAGGCUGCGCUUUUUGGAACGCAAAGAACGCAGGGAGUUGGAUCUGAGCUGGAACCUCAGCUUCUACACCCCAAAACUAUCACAGCUUGGGUGAGUCGCCAAAACUGGGACUGGUCCUGAGCGCUGUCGACAUUGCAAUGUCGGUCCCCGGCCAGGGGUAUUCUUAUUACCUACAAACGGUCUCAAGAGGUCCGAGAGGAGAUGGGAUGCGGUGACAAAACAACUACGGUCAAUGUUUGGUUGGAAUAGAGCGCUACGACCGGUAUGUCAUGUCAUUAUCUGUCAGCUUUAAUGUCUAAUGGAAUGUUGGAGCAGGAUGCUUAGGAUGAGUGAGCGCAAGAAUAACUGAUUUUAACUAUUGUCGGGUGUGUGGUGGCCAGUCAUGAUCGCUGCUCUAAAUAAAGGCGAUAGUCUUAUGUGUGUGCCGUGAAUACACUGAAUAGGACGAGUAUAACUGAGUGUAGGUAUAUGUCGGAGUUUUAUUGUGACAACGCGACACUAACCCUCAGCAGUUGUAUGUCGGAGACAGCUGCUGGAUCUUAUUCGUGUACCUAUGAAUGCACAGUGAAUGCAUGCGUCAGUAGUUUUCAAACGUGAACACUACAAUUACACGUGUGUAUUUACUAUUUGCGCAUAUUUGUAAUGUUUUACUUGAUGUAAAUGUGACCCCUCCCCUGCCAGUCAGUUGGAUGCCAGUGUUAACGAGUGUGAGACGCCGUUCGUCAUAGAGAAUCAGGCACUUACCUAAGGUACCUAUACCUAAAAUCGUGUUUCCAGUUACCUCGUGUGAACUUGUUGCAAAACUCGAGCAAUGAUGAAUGUCAAAAUAAAACUAAACACAAGUUUA